CCCGGAUACAUUGUUUCCCCCUCGCUGGGAGGUGCGGGCUUAGGCGCUGGGUUUGAGGGGGCACUGCUGUUGGGGAGGGAUUUGUGCCAGUUAUCUGGCGGAAUACCUUACGUUGUGACAGCCCUGUGGGAUGGAGACGACACUCUCUCCCCAUCCUGGUCACUUUCCAAAAGAAGAACAGGCCCUCGAGUCUAAGGUAGAAGAUGGGGAAGGAUUAUUAUAAAAUCCUGGGCAUUAAUAAAGGAACAGCAGAGGAAGAUAUCAAGAAGGCAUACAGGAAGCUAGCCCUUAAGUACCAUCCUGACAAGAACAAAUCUCCAGAUGCAGAGGAGAAGUUCAAGGAGAUUGCUGAGGCUUAUGAUGUCCUGAGUGAUCCCAAGAAACGAGAAAUCUACGAUCAAUAUGGCGAGGAAGGGCUUAAGGGUGGUGGAGCUGCAGGUCCCAAUGGCACCAACUUCCAGUACACAUUCCACGGGGACCCCCAUGCUGUGUUUGCUGAAUUCUUUGGCGGAAGGAACCCAUUCGACAUUUUCUUUGGACAGAGAAAUGGCGAAGAAGACAUGGAGAUUGACGAUGAUCCGCUGAGCUCUUUCAGUGGCUUCGGCAUGGGUGGCAUGGGGAACAUGGGCGGCAUGUCUGGCUUUCACCGAACGCGGGGCACUGCUAAGAAGCAGGACCCUCCUGUCAUGCAUGAUCUGAAGGUUUCCCUGGAGGAGAUCCUCACCGGCUGCACCAAGAAGAUGAAGAUCCGGCGGAAGCGGCUGAACCCUGACCGGCACACGUCCCGGCAGGAGGACACCAUCCUCACCAUUGAAAUCAAGAAAGGCUGGAAGGAAGGGACAAAGAUCACCUUCCCCAAGGAGGGCGAUGAAACUCCCAACAAUAUUCCUGCCGAUAUCAUCUUUGUGCUCAAGGACAAGCCACAUCCAGUCUUCAAACGGAACGGGUCUGACAUCAUCUACCAAGUGAGGAUCAGCCUCCGGGAGGCGCUUUGCGGUUGUACGUUAUCUAUCCCGACACUGGAUAAGAAAACCCACAUGAUGGCUUUCAAGGAUGUUAUUCAGCCAGGCUCGCAGAGAAGGAUAGCAUCCGAAGGACUGCCACUGCCAAAACAACCAGACCGCCGCGGCGAUUUGGUGAUCGAGUUCCAUGUGCGAUUUCCUGAAAACCUGUCAAACGCCACAAAGGAAAAGCUCAAGGAGCUACUGCCACUGUAACUGUGACAGAAACCUUGGAGCCCAGUGAUUAUGGGAAUGGGGCAGACAAAGAAAGAAAUAGUAUUUUAGUGGACUACGGCUGGUAGCUUGUGGUCUUAAAGUAACAACCCUAACUUGAAAGAUUUACUGUUGAGCGAGUUGCUUGAUGGGCUUUUUUUUUUAAAAAAAUCUAUAUUCAAGUCUUUACAUAAUUGAAAACUGGUCUACAAAUUAUACCUGCAGAAGACUGCAUCACCAACUGUUCAAUCCCAUAUGUUCUGUUCAGUGUAAAUAAU